AUCAAUAAAAAAAUAGUGGGGGGGGGAGGAAAUGUUAGGUCAUGAAAAGUUAUCACGAGCUAUGUAACUCAUUAUCUUGCAAAAGAAAAUUCAUUAACCAGAAGACUGCACACGAAGACUGAAUUUCCCACUAGAGAUCAGUGAUGGUUUGUAGAAGGUUUAUCCUUAACAUUUUGGUGAGCUUGAUUUUUUUUCAAACAACUGUAAAUGGCUGUUGUAACAGUAACUGUGAAACUGAGAAAAAAGAAUGCAAAUGUGUACAGUUUUACCUGUGCAAAAACGAUACAAACGGAGAUAAAUUUAUUAUUGAAGACGGAAGCUCAGUUCUAGAAGCCAGGACAGGAGGACUAUGUAGUGGCGAUGAGGUUCCUUGUUGUAAGCUUAAGGCUCGUACUCCUUGUCCAUUAUGUCAGGCACAAUGUGGCAAGCGAAAACCUGCCUUCAUAGAUGCCAGAAUAACUGGAAGCACUACAAACUUCGGGGAGUUCCCAUGGAUGAUUGCCUUAUUCAGGAUGGUUGUAAACAAUACAUAUUGCGAGGAACCGAAAUACUUAUCUGGUGGAGCACUAAUUCAUAGAAAUAUAGUUUUAACUACAGCACAUUCCGUCAUAAGUGUGAAAAACAAUGCCUCGCUCGGACUGAUAGCUCGGGCCGGUGCAUGGGACCUUCAGAACGUGAAUGAAGCGGAAAAACUUCAAAAUCGAGUAGUGGCUGAAAUCAUAAUUCAUCCGAGGUUCAACCCAGCCAACUUAUGGAAUGACUUUGCCAUACUUAGGCUUGAUAAUCCAUUUAUAUUAGCAGAUCACAUCAGUACUAUAUGUCUUCCACCUCCUGGAAAAAUUAUCAGCCGUGGAAACUGCGUUGUGACCGGUUGGGGGAAAGAAAAGUACGCGGAUCCUAAUUACAAGCCCUCAGUUCUGAAGAGCAUCGACCUCCAGGUUGUAAGUAGAACUGAUUGUACUUCACAAUUCCGCCGAACAAGAGCUGGGCCGGACUUCAUCUUGCAUGAGAGCUUCAUUUGCGCUGGAGGAAUAGAAGGCGUUGACACAUGUGCGGGAGAUGGGGGAAGCCCAUUAGUUUGCCCUAUUGAUUCAUCUGGGAACUUUUACGAGUUAAGUGGUUUGGUAUCAUGGGGGAUUGGAUGUGGUAACGCGAUCCCAGGAGUAUAUGCAAGUGUUGGAUACGCACACGGAUGGAUUACAUAUACUAUGCGUAAUUUAAGAUUGAAUUCAUGUUAACGAAAAUGAAUUGAUAGCAAUUAGAAAAUAUAUAACUAAUAUAUAUUUCAGAAAUGUUUUAUUUAAAUUUAUGCUAAUAUAAAUUUACUCAAUAAAAGCUAAAAUAAAGGUGGAUUUCACAAAUGUUUUUAUAAAAAUUAAUUGUGACAUUUUAAAUGUAGAAUAAAUUAAUUUAAAUGUAUUUACGAUAUAGUUAAUUGCAACAAUAUCCUUUAGUCCUAAGGUCAUCUCGACUUUCUAGAAAUUUCAUGCCUCAUUGCUGAGACAAUAUAUGUUAUAUAUAUUUCAUAUUUAAGCACAUCAUUAAAAUUAAAAAAAAAAGUAUUUUUAAAAUUCUGGUAAAUAAAAUAUCCCGUCUACUUUUAGGCACUAAAGCAAGAUUUUCAAGAGAAUUCUUCCAAUGUAUGAUUCAUUUUCAGAUAUGAUAAUAGAAUAGAAUAGAAUAGAAAAAUAAUUUUACUGUGGGACGAAGUCCCUUCAGAAUAACAAAAAAGUACAGAAAUUAAAAUUUUAUAUCUGGCCAGAUAAAAACAAACAUAAAAAGGUAAGAUAAAGAUAGAUCAUUAAAAAAAAGAAAAAAAAAUAUUGGCUAUACAUACUAUAUACAAAAUAAAAUAAAAAAAUCUAUAUAAAAAACUCUUGAAACCAUACUAAGAUACUUAAGACUAUGUACAAUGUUAAAAUAUAAAUAAACCCUUUUAGAAAAAAUAAAAAAUACAGAAAAAAUAAAUGUAAAUUUUUCUUAACAGUAAAAUCUGUAUCUGUUGAAAAAAAAAAAAAAAAGAAAAAAAGAAAGUCGAAUCUAUAAUAAGUAUUUAGGUUAUGAGCUAUAUUUGAAAAUGUUCUUAUAGAUAAUAUGUAAUUUUACAUAAAAAGUUAGCUGGUGUCUGACUGUUUUUGGGACAGGAAUUGGAAUAGGAGGGUUUUGAAUGAAGGUAAGGAUGAAGAAUGUCGAAUUUUGAUAGGAAGGGAAUUCCAGAAACUAACAGAACGAGCAAUAAAGGAGUUUUGGAACGAGGCAGAUCUGUGAGAAGGAAUGUAAAGGUCGGAAGGUCGAGAUCUUGUGGAAAGGGAGUGGGCUGAGGACUUGAAUUGGAGAAGGUUGUAGGCGUAGGAAGGACGAUGAUUGUUGAUGAUAUGAUAGAGGAAUUUACCUAGGAAAUAUUGCCUUCGAAUGGAGGGGAAGAGCCACUCUAACUCAAUGUAGUGGUGAGAGACAUGGUAGUAUCUCGGGGCACCAAUUACAAAUUUCACGCAACUGUUCGUUAAUCUUUUCAGUCUGUCGUGGAGCUCCACCGAGACUCCAUCAUACACCACACAGCAGUAGUCAAAGUGGGGGAAGAUGAGAGAGGAAACGAGGAGUCUACGCGUAUGUUGAGGUAGGAGAUGGCGGAAGCGAUGGAAUAGUUUGAGGGUAGAAACUGUCCGUCGGGAGAUGUGAGAAAUAUGGUGACUCCAGGAGAGGGUUUGACCAAUAAAUAGUCCUAAAUUUUUUACAGAGGAGUAGAAGGAGAUUGGCUGGUCACCAAGGUUUAGUAUGGGAAAGUCGGUAUAGGAUCUAAGGAGGGGUUUGGAACCGAUGACAAUGGCCUGAGUUUUUGAAGCAUUUAACCUUAAUCCGUUUAAGUUUGCCCAGGCACAGAUUCGAUCUAGGUCUGCUUGGAUCUUAGUAAAUGCUACCAAUAGCUCAGGGAGAGAAAAGGAUAGGUAUAUUUGAGAAUCGUCUGCAUAAAGGUGGUGGGAACAAUGGAGAAUUGAGUCAUGGAGUUCAUUAAUAUAGGAACUAAAAAGGAGAGGAGAUAUGCUAGAUCCUUGGGCAACUCCAGAGGAUAAAGGCAGGUAGGCAGAUAGUCGUUGAUUAGGAAUGGAGACUGCUUGGGUCCGUUGUGAGAAAAAAGAUUGGGACCAAGAGAUGGAGCUAUUGGAGAAGGAGAGUGAUUUUAGUUUGUUGAAAAGGAUGGGAUGGUUAAUGGAAUCGAAAGCUUUAGAGAAGUCAAGAAGUAUAAGGACAGUUAGUUGUUUAUUAUCUAUUGCAGUCUGAACAUCAUUAGUAAUUUUGAUUAAGGCGGAUUGUGUGGAGUAGCCGGGGCGGAAACCAGAUUGGAGAGGAUCAAG